GCCGGCCGCCUCCCGCCCGCUCCCUCUCCCGCCCCCGGCGCCCAGCGGCUCAGACCUCGGCGGGGCGCGCGGCAGGCACACUCGGCUCGGCUCCGCUUGGCUCGGCAGCGCGCCAUGGCCCCGGGCCUGCGCGGCCUCCCGCAGCGCGGCCUGUGGCUGCUCCUGGUGCACCACCUCUUCGCGGCCGCCGCCUGCCAGCCCGCCGACCCCGGCGCCCUGCUCCGGGAGCUCUGCCUCGCGCCGUUCCACGUGGCCAUGGAGGCCGUCGGGGAGACCCUGUGGUGCGACUGGGGCCAGACCGUCGCGCGCUAUGGAGAGCUCACAGACUGCACCAAGCACGUGAUGAAAGAGCUCGGCUGCUUCUGGCCAAACGCCGCGGUAGACAAGUUCUUCGUCGCCGUCCACCAGCAGUACUUCAAGAGCUGCCCAGUCUCCGGCAGGGCCGUGAAGGACCCGCCAGGCAACAUCCUCUGCCCCUUGAUUGCGGUGCCCAUCCUGGUGACCCUGCUCAUGACCGGGCUGGUGGUCUGGAGGAGCAAGCGCACGGAAGGCAUCGUGUAGGCCGGGCCGGGGAGCUGCCCCACACGGAGGCUGCGGGCAGGCGGGGAGGCCGGAAGCCCUGGGCCUGGCCUGGGGGCGGCGUCCUGGGGCCUGACAGCCGUGCGGCCCCGAGCCCCCGCCCUCUGCCUGAGAUCAGCGAACAGGGUUCCGGAGUCGGGGUGGCGCAGGCAUUAGCAGCAGGAGGCAGAGGCCACCCUAGCCCAGGGGCCCGGGGCCGGGGGGAGCGGGACACCACUGUAAUUACCCCUGGGGAGGGCUCCAGUGAGUGUGUGAACCACCCUCGGCUCUGUUCCCGCCUCUGGAUGUGUAGUAUGAGUAGUUCGUGAUUAAAAGGAUGUCCUCAAA